AUGGGUGGACUUUUCUUCUUAUACGGUCAAGGUGGUUGUGGAAAAAUAUUUUUAUGGUCAACUAUAUCAUGCUCAAUUAGGUCUAAAGGAGGAAAGUCCUAUUACAAGGUUAAUAUCCAAGCUAAGGCCAAAUUAAUCACAUGGGAUGAAGCUCCAAUGAUAAGUAAGUAUUGUUACGAAGCUUUAGAUAAAUGCCUCAGAGACAUCUUAAGAUGCUCAGAUUCGUAUAAUGCUCAUUUGCCAUUUGGAAGUAAAGUUGUUGUUCUCGGAGGAGAUUUUAGACAAAUUUUACCUGUGAUUUCCAGAGGCUCAAGGCAAGAUAUAAUUCAGUCUUCUAUUAAUUCUUCAUAUUUGUGGCAUAACUGUAAGGUUUUGAAGCUUACAAAAAAUAUGAGAUUGUCACUAGGUGAAAACAACAACAUAAAAGAACUCAGAAAUUUUGCAGAAUGGCUACUCAAAAUUGGUGAUGGUUUGGCUGGUGAUACAACAGAUGGUGAAUCGAUCGUUCAUAUACCAUCUGACAUUUUGAUUAAGAACUCUGAGACAGCUUUGGAUGACCUCAUUGAUUUCGUAUAUCCAAAUAUGUUAUCCAAUUUAUCCGUUGAAAAUUAUUUCAAGGAUAGAGCAAUUCUUGCACCAACUUUAGAUUUUUGUGUCACUGAUGUCAACAACAAGAUGACUGCAGGACUACCUGGACAAGAAAGAGCCUACUUAAGUUCAGACUCUGUGUGUGUUGAAGAGGGAAAUAUGGAAUUUGAGUUAGAUGCUUUCUCGCCGGAGAUUCUAAAUGGAAUAAAUUGUUCAGGUCUACCACCACACAAGUUGGUUCUGAAGGUUGGCGCUCCUGUUAUGUUGCUGUGGAAUAUAGACCAAACUAAUGGUUUGUGCAAUGGCACGAGGAUGCAAGUUAGAAGAAUAGGAAAUCAUGUGAUAGAAUGCAAGAUUUUAACUGGUAACAAAGCUGGAAGUAUUGUUCUUAUCCUAAGACUGAAUCUAAUUCCAAAUAAUGAAACAUUGCCGGUCAGGGUAACGAGUAAAGAUGGUCUGCGAGUGCUGUUGCAAGAUCAUGGACACUUGGAAGAUAACUGCACGAUGAAUGUGAACUUCGCCAUUUCAAAUUUCAAUGUUGAUAUCGUUAAAUAA